GCCGCCGGCGGCGAAUCAAUCAACUUCGAUUUCGCAUCCUGUGUUCUGAAUGAAACACGCCAUCACCGACACAAUUCUCACGAUGCUACCGGUUGCGAGACGCCAGAGGCCGUCGUGUCCCCACUAUAGACGACAGCUCUUGAACCUCCUCGACAAUGCUUUCGCUCAUGCGCAGCCAGAUGCGAUCGCCCCUCCACGACAUCGAUCUGCAUUGCAUCCGAUAGCACAGAGAUCUCGUCGUGCCACCGCGAGAUGUUUUUCAACCACAGCGUCUACAUAUCAAGAUGUAAAGCCCGGGGCCAGACCUGAAGCUCAACCGACUGCCCUACCCGAGACCAACCCUCCAAUAUCCGACUACGAUAUUGAGCUGAUGGUCCGACAGACAAGGCAUACUUUUGGAGACACUUUACCAAAGGGAUACCUCAAUGAUCAAGAGUACAAGCUUUAUGAAAGACUUUACGGCCCACCCCUUCGCGAGACGCAACCUGAUGAUGUGGGAAUGCCUGUACAGGCCGAUUCUGUACAAGACGAAUAUGCCUACGAAUCCUCCGACAAAAUCUUACUACGAGAGACAGAAGACGGUCAAUUUGAGGAGGUUGUCUAUGAGACCGACGAGAUUUCUCCUUCGCACCCUGCAUCGCUAUCGACCGAGGAUGGCAGCAUGAUGACUAAUUCUACUCCUGGAGACAUUUCGCUGCAAGAACUUCCAUCUGAAGCCGGAUUUACCUAUAUCAACGCCGUUGCAAAAAACCAACGCGAAUUUAAUGCUCUGUUAAAGCUGCAAAAGGACUUUGAAGCCGCUUCCCUACGACCAUCCAGAGAAGAGAUUGAGGAAGAAGAACAAAGAGAAGAAGAGGAAGACGAGGAAGAGAUAGAGGAUGAAGAUGAAGGGGAGCCCGACGCGACAUUUAGGGAGCCAACCGACCGUGUUCACGAAUUUUCUCAGGCUGGUCAUUGGAGGACCAAUCCAAGUACUCUACACCUCCCAAAGGCUGAUUUCGUUACACCCAUUACUAAACUACUGGAUCGAACUGAUAUCAAACAUAUCAAAGAAACCGCAGAAAAGGCUUUUGGUGGUCCUGGGCUUCCAUUUUCUGUAGCCACGCCGCCAUCGAAGCGAAACGCCGAACAGAAGCCGGUUCCUAUCGCUGCUGGUCACCAUAAGAUGUCAGAAAUCGAGGCAGAUGCUUUCAUUGCAACCCUGCUGCCUGGCAUGUAUUCGUCGGUGAUGAGCAUCUUGGUCGAGGUUCGAAAACGACUUGGAUCUGAUUGGAUGACGCAACUCAUGUCGCGAGGCAAUGGUGAAGGACCGCGAGUGCUUGAUGUUGGUGCUGGCGGGGCUGGCUUAGCUGCUUGGGAACGGGUUCUACAAGCUGAGUGGGAUACAACCUAUGAGAAAGGCAGCAUGGAGGCGAAAAGGCCACUGGGCAAGAAGACAGCUGUUGUGGGCUCAGAGCAACUGCGACAGCGUAUUUCACGAUUCCUCCAUAACACCACAUUUCUCCCUCGAUUACCAGACUAUUUACAUUCAGGUGAUCAUCCUAACAAGUUAGAUGGGGGUGAAGCUUCGUUACCAAGGAAACAAUUUGACGUCAUCAUCGCAUCUCACCAAAUGAUGCCCAUCAAGGAAGGCUUUAGGCGGAAGGCAAUGUUAGAUAACCUUUGGGAAAUGCUUUCGCCCGAGGGUGGUAUUCUCAUAUUUCUAGAGAAAGGUCAUCCCCGGGGCUUUGAGGCCGUUGGUGACGUGCGGGCUCGUCUGCUGGACGAGUUUAUCGUGUCGCCCACUUCAGAUCCGCGACCCGAGCCCAUCGAACUCGAAAUCAGACGAGAGCGGGAACCAGGAAUGAUCAUAGCACCCUGCACUAACCACAAAGCGUGCCCUAUGUAUCUCACGCCUGGGCUAACACCCGGUCGAAAGGAUUUCUGCCACUUCAGCCAACGCUUCAUCCGGCCACCGUUCUUACAGAAGGUGCUGGGCGCGGCUCACAGAAAUCAUGAAGACAUAGAUUUUAGUUUUGUCGCGGUUCAGCGUGGCACGUUGCCCGGUGCCAAGGCCGUCACAUUGCCUGUCCAGGGAGCCGAUGCCACGAACAGCGCAUUCGGUGGAUAUGAAAAUUCACCGGACACUCCCGACCCGCUGUCACUACCCCGGACUAUCCUACCGCCGAUCAAGCGACAAGGACAUGUGACAUUAGACGUGUGCACGCCAGCCGGCACACUAGAACGGUGGACGGUGCCUAAGAGCUUCAGCAAGCAAGCGUACCGAGAUGCGCGCAAAGCGAAAUGGGGUGAUCUCUGGGCUCUAGGGGCGAAAACCCGCGUGACAAGGCCGGUCCGGCUUGGAAAGGGCGGGGUCGUCCCCAACGAUGGUGGUAUGAGGGCUCAACAUGCAGCACGAGCUGGCAAGACGCGGGUUAUUACGCUCGAUGCUGAUGCCGGUGGUAUCUUCCGCGCGUCUGAAGCAGCCAAAUCGUCUCUUACCGAGAGACGAACCAAAGGUAGCAGGAAGGGCAAACGCACCAAUCUCAUGAAAGAACUCGACUUGGAAACGUAACAUGUAACAGCGGGAUAUCUGUAUCAACAUCUGUACAAAAGUGUAUUCGACCAGAAUAAUCCGGCUUCUGUUUAACGGUUAUGUAUUACCGGCGGUAUCUAGGUCUAACUGCUAUGAAGAAAUGAUAUACGACAUAAUUCAUGAACCAGGUACCUAGCGGUGACAGUACUUGACAGCAGUCGCAGAACCAAGUGCACAGGAUUCAUCGCCCUUUUUUGAUAUCUAAUGACAUCCCUUACCUCCCAGCAGAUAGUUCCCUCUAAAAGCCAAAUUGUCCAUAGUAUCAGUACCCAUGAUACAUCAGUAUAUACUGUUCUUCUACUGCAGGCCUCAUGGCGCUUCGGCUAGAUAGGUAGAUUGCUGUCGGUUGACUGCUUUGUGAGAAAUCUAGAACUCGUCGAUGGCACGACUCAGUACUCGCAUCUCCGCCACCAGCCCGCGGGGAUGUGCAUUUUU